AUGCCGUGGUCCCACGACGGCCUCUGUCCGACGUUGCGCGCCUCGCUCGACCGCGCCUACUUGGCUCACGUCAAGAGAGGUGCAGCGGCAGCCUCCGCCGCGCCUCCGAUCGCUCAGCUUCUACUUGGCACCGGCAAUGGGCUCCGUGCGUCUGCCCGCGACUCGUGUUGGAAUGAGUCCGACGUGCACCGCAGCGUGGUGCUGCUGAGCCGGAUGGAGAAAGGGGAGCCGCUGGCCCACCUCACCCUCGUCUGCUUCCUCGAGUCGCCGCAGUGGGCGGUGCGUCGCUCCGCCUGCCGGCUGUACGAGAGGCUCGCGCCUCUCGAGGACCGGCUCGCGUGCGCCUGGCUCGAGGUGUCGCUCGAGCUGCUGAGCGAGCCGCUGCUCGCCGCCGCCGCGAGGCGCCUCCCCUUCAAGCGGCUCCUCGCCGAGGUCGAGCUCGUGCGAGGCUCGGUCGGGCCCUCGGCCAGCCUCUCUGCCGAGAUGAGCACGCGGCUCGCCGAGGCGGUCCCACUCGCGCAGCGGCAGUUUGGACCGACGAGCCGACUAGGCGCACGCGAGGGUUGCGCUGGCGGCGGUGGAGGCGGCGGAGGAGGGGGAGGAGGAGUGGAUUGGGGAGGGUGGGGAGGGGGAGGAGGAGGAGCGAUGUGGUGCACUGACGGCGCAUGGGAUCAAGGCGCCAUCCUGCCCCGCUCCGCAGAGCUGACGGGGAGUGGCGUCGACCCUGCGCCCAACCAGACCGCCGGCUUCCUCACGAGCGAGGAGUGCCUGCGCACGCACUACAACCUGUUGCGCGAGGAUUUUGUGCGGCCGCUUCGCACCACCCUCGCGGCGCUGCAGCGGGGCGAGACGCCGCCGCGCGAGGUCAGGCUGCACGAGGGGGUUCGGAUCCGAGGCGCGAGGGCGAGCCCUCCGGCCCUCAGCGCCCAAGCGGGCGAGCCCUUCGGCCUGCUGCACGAGCUCGCGCUCGGCGGCGAGGGGGCGGAGACAGCUGGGGCGGAGAUCUCGAGCCUCGUCAACGGCUCGAUGGUCCUCCUCUCGCCGGACGGAUGGCGGAGCUGCCGCUGCGCCAUCGUCGCCAAGCGAGAAAUCGCGCUCGAGCGCGGCGACGGCGCCCUCUUCGUCGCCUUUCAGCGCGACGGCGCCGGGCUCGAGGCCUUCUCCGCGGGCGCGGUGCCGCAGGACACGCGGCUCGCCGUCGAGAUAGCCGAGCGGUCCGGCGAGCGCUACUCGAUGGUGGAGGCGGGGGCGUACUGGGGCGCGUACCGGCCGGAGGCGCUGCUGCGGUAUGAGGCGUGCGACGCGCCGCCCUCGUACCUCUCUCCGGCUGGCCGCCAGUACGACGUGCGCCCGAUCUUCAACGAGUUGCCGCAGGGCCGCCGGCUGGCGCGAGGGUCGGCAUGCGCGGGGUGGAUCUCGGCUAGAUCUCGGGUCUCGGCUAUAGGACGCCGGCAGCUGGUCGACGUGUGCGGAGGGUGGGAGGCGGCCGACGGCGGGGGCGUGCCGCAGGGGACGUCGCUCGAUGAGCGGCAGAUCGCCGCCGCCAAGGCGCUGCUCUCGCGCCGGCUCGGGCUCGUGCAGGGCCCACCCGGCACAGGCAAGACCUUUAUCGGGCUGAUCGUUGUGCGCACGCUGCUCCGCAACGCGCGCCUCUGGGCCUCCUCGCCGGCGCGGGCUCGGGCGGCCGACAGGCACGCUCUGACGGCCGCACGGGCGGCGGAGGACGAGGGCGGCGGCACGGCCGCGGCGGGCUUGGUGGAGGGCGGCGGCAGUUCGGGCGGCAGUUCAAGCCGCACCGAGUCCGAGCACGGCAGCAGCUCCGACGAGAGGGAGCUCGCUGCAGCGGAGGGGACGGAGAGGGUGGAGGUCGAGGGGUUGCGGUUGCACUUGUCCAGCAGCAACCGGACGGGCUACACGGGCGUGUCCAAGGUGGCCUCUGGCCGUUUCAAGGCGACGCAAGAGGUGGACGGGAGGAACGUGUACCUCGGCACGUACGACACGGCGGUGCAGGCGGCGGUGGCGUACGCGCGGGCAAUCGGGACAGCGCCGGCGGUGGCGGAGGCGGCGGAGGGCGUGCGGCUGCACCUGUCGAGCAGCAACGCCACCGGCUACCGAGGCGUGCACAAGGCGCGCAACGGCCGGUACGAGGCGAAGCGCAAGAAGGAAGGAAGGUUCGUCUAUCUCGGCCUCUUCGACACGGCGGUGGAGGCGGCGGUGGCGCACGCGCGGGCGGUGGCCGAGACGGACGCCGACGAGGCUGCGGAGGCGAGCCCGGCCGACGGCGCGAUUCCCUCGGCGAGCGGCGGCGACGGCGAGCCCUACCGGACCAUCGAUGGCGUCGCGUACGUGGACGCCGCACAGGACGGCGGCGAGGUCGAGGCUCGCACGCUCGCGCUGAUCGCCCAGACGUACAAGACGACCUCCUCGGCCGAGCGAGCGCUCGAGGCCGCGGUGGGGAGUGCCGAGUCGGCAGCGGCGACGCCAGAGGCCGCCUCCGGCGCAGCCGACGCGCCGGGCUCGGAGGCGGGCUCAGAGGUGGCCGAGCUCGCCCCGGAGGUGGAGGAGGCAGCCUCCGAGGAGGGUGUGGCGGAGGCAGCGCCGGAGGCAGCGCCGGAGGCAGCGCCGGAGGCAGCGCCGGAGGCAGCGCCGGAGGCAGCGCCGGAGGCAGCGCCGGAGGCCACCGGCGCGGAGGGCGCGUCGCUGCCGCAGUCCGUCCCCCUCGCCUCCUUUCGCCUCGUCUCGCGCCGAGCCGCCGACUCGCCGCUGAGCUUACACGGCGGCCAGGAGGAGACGCUCGCAGAGUCGGCCCUCGAGCAGCGCCACCAGCGGCUGACGAGGAUCGAGCGGCGUGGCUUCUCGGUGCUGCCGCCGCCCCUCUUCCAGCGCCUCUGCGACGAGAGGCGCGCGCUGGAGGAGUCGGGCGCCGCCUGCUACCCGACCGGACACGCCUGCUUCCUCGGCAGCGGCGAGCCGGAGGAGCCGUCUGCGGACCCGCCCGCUUCGCCCGCGCCCGCGCCCGCGGAGGCGGCGGCGUCGCUCGCGGCGGCGGAAGAGUGCAUCCUCCGCAUCGAUGACAGCGAGGAGGCUGUGGGCGGGGAGGCGGCUUGCGGAGAGACGGAUGGCGAAGAGGCAGCCGGGAGCGCCCCCGCCGCCGCCCCAACCGCCGACGCCGCCGACGCCGCCACUGGCAGCGGCGGCAUCCUCGCCUUCGAGCCGCGCGUCGUCCGCGUGGGCGGCCGGUCGCAGUCGGAGGCGCUGCGCGCGUACAACUUGGCCGAGCUCCGGCGGACGAGGGAGGCCCACCGCUCGAGAGACGAGCAGCGGCUCAGCGACAACCUGACGGAGGACUUGCGACGGGCGCGGGAGCGCCUCGCCUCUGUCGCCGGCCGCUGCCACGCGGCGUGGGGCCCGAGGCUGCUGUCGGGCAGCUUGCUCUGCCGCGGCUCCUCCCUGCCGCACGCGCCGCCGCGCGAGGUGCAGCCGCUGUGGGGAGCGCUCAACACGGCGUUGGGUCGGCUCUCGGCGGGCGGCGUUGCUGAAUGGCUUGGCGCCGGCGGCGCGGCGCACGGCGAGGCGACGCACGCCGACCUCCGCCUCGCGUCGCCGAUGUCGCCGGCCGAGCUGGACCACGCUUGCGAGGCGGCCGAGGUGGCGGCGACGGAGGGCGGGCGCAGCGUCGCCCUCGACGUAUUGUCGCCGACGGAGCGGCGGGCGCUGUACGCCGCCCUCCGAUUGGGCGCACAGACGCGCGCGCAACGCGAGCUCGAGGCGGCGCUCGGUGCCUACCGGCUCGCGCGCGCCGCGAAGCGCGCUGUCGACGACGCUGAGGCGCUCGCAGUGCUGCGUGGCGCGGCGGUUGUCGGCAUGACCACCACGGGCGCGGCAAAGUACCACGAGCUCGUUCGCCAGCUCGAUUGCCGCGUCACCGUCUUCGAGGAGGCGGCGGAGGUGCUCGAGGCGCACGUGCUCGCCUCGCUCGGGAAGUCGACCGCGCAGCUGCUCCUCAUCGGCGACCACCAGCAGCUGCGCCCCUCCGCCGCCUGCCACGAGCUCGCGCUCCACUACGGCCUCACCGUCUCCCUCUUUGAGCGCGCGCUCAACAACAACGUGCCGUACGUGCGGCUGCGCACGCAGCGGCGGAUGCGGCCGCAGAUCUCGCGGCUGCUCUCGCCCAUCUACCCGGAGCUGCGCGACCACGCGGUGACGCUCACGCGCCCGCCGGUGCUCGGGAUGGCCAAGCCGGCGUACUUCAUCACGCACGCGGCGGCGGAGCGGGUGAGGCGAGACCUGCUCUCGCCCGAGAACAGCCACGAGGCCGAGGUUUUGCUCUGCCUCUCCGCGCUGCUCGUCGGGCUGGGGUACGCGCAGGGCCGCAUCACCAUCCUCGCGGCCUACGUCUUGCGGCUGCGCGCCGGCUUGGCGGCGUGUGGCCUCGACGGGCUCGUCCUCUCGACCGUCGACGCGUACCAGGGCGAGGAGAACGACCUCGUCCUCGUCUCGCUCGUCCGCUCAAAUUCGGGCGGACGGCUCGGCUUCACGGCCAUCGACAACCGCAUCUGCGUCGCCCUCUCGCGCGCGUGCGACCUCGACAUGCUGUCGGCGGGGUCGGAGCUCUGGCGCAAGGCUGCGCUCCCUCUCGGCCUCGAGGCGACCGGCGGCGGCAGGAGCGGCGGCGAGGCGCCGUCGACGCAGAAGGCGACCAGCCCCGCUUCGCCGCGCGCCUCCGAUGCCGGCGCCGCUGCCCCGUCGGACGAGGCGCAAUGUCGUGCGGUUCGUCCCGAGGACCCGUUUGGGCUCGAGGAGCUCCUCAACGAGGCGAGGCGGGGCCGCGCCGACCGAGCAGAGGAUGGAGACGGCGGCGGGGGCCGGCUUGGAGACGGAGGUGAGGGCGACGGCGGAGCCGGCAGUGGAGGCGGCGGCGGGGGCGGCGGGAGCGGGAGCGAGGGCGGCGGCGGGGGCGACUCGGACGACGGCGAGGUGCUGACUUGGAGGGAGCGGCAGCAACGAGCCAGCGCCGCCGGCGGCGGCAGGGGCGGCGGCAGGGGUGUUGGCAGGGGAGGCGGUCGUGCGCGGGCGGGCUGGCGGGCAGAAUGGCAUGCGACUGUGCGGCAGCUCUGUGCUGUGGCGGGCGGCGACACUUGGCAGUGGCACCUCGGCGGCUCCAACAGCGCUCUACGCCCGUGCGGCUGCGCGCUGCCGUGCGGACACACUUGCGGCCGGGCGGCGCACGUGCUGCCCUCCGCCGGCGGUGCGAUCGGCUGCUUGUGCGCCGUCUGCUCGGACCCGCACGUCCUCGCGCAAGCCGAGCACGGCCGGUGGCUGCCCUUGCGGGAGGCGCUCAACCGGCGCGACCGCGCCGCCGCCACUGCGGCUGCGGGUGACGAGGCGCGCGGCGGCGAGGAGCCCGCAAGCUUGCCAGACGCCCCUGCGGGCAGGCCGGCCGGCGGGGAGGGAGACAUGGACGGCCCCGAGCCGCCGCCGCCUCGGCGCGCCUCCUCUGGCUUUGCGGCGGCCACGGCCGCGCCGAGCGUGCCUGCGAGCUACUGGGGGGCCGCGGGGGUGUCUGGCGCCGGCUCAGAGCAGACGGCCUCGACGUGCGCGCUGUCGCCGUGGUCGAGCUCGGAGGACGACAGCUCAAGCGCAGAGUGGGGGGGCGAGGGCGACGCCGUCGGUCGCGGCGCAGAGGCGGCGGCGCCUGGCGCCCUCGGCGAGGCGAGCCACGAGCCGGAGGGCGGUGACGGAGAGCUGCCUGCGGGGUGGCGGCGUGGCUACUCGAGGCGGCGGCAGCGUGCUUUCCUGUACAACCGCGAGGAGCGGCGGCGCGUGUGGCGGGAGGAGUACAUCGACCCCGCCGCGGAGGCGGCGCGUCGUGAGCGCGGGGCGGAGCGUUCGGCGAGGAGGGGCGGCGAGGGCGAGGAGGAGGGCAGGGAGCGCAAGAGGCGGCGGAAGGGCGCGGCGAGGGGAGGCCGCUCGUCACGCCGGGAGGGGGGGUCGGAGGCCGCGGGCGAGGCGGCAUCGCUGUGGAAGGAGUGCUGGUCCGCACGACUCGACCGGCCGUACUGGCGCCAGAGGGUGACCAAGGAGUACUCGUGGACAAUGCCGCCCGAGCUGCUCCUGACCAGGCCGGAUGAGUCGCGGCGCGCGAGAGCGAGUGCACGGGGUCGCUCGAAGCGAGCGCGGUCUCGAGAUGCAAUGGCGACAUGAGGCUUGAAGGCUUGAAUUGAGCGUGAGAUGUGUGCUGUGUAGCUUGUAUUACGUUCAGCGUUUGGGCGCAGUCUGUCAGCAACCCGAGUGUUA